AACUACUUGGCUUACGUUUGUUAUGCGGUUUUAGUUAGUAAUUGUUGUUAUUUUUUCCGUUGUCUGUCGUUGUUGUUGCUAGCGUUCAACGAGUGUGUUACGUCACUGUCUCAUCCUACGCGCGUCAGUCCCAGGCAAAAACAAGGAUGUAGCUAAACUCGUCCAGGUGUGGGAACUGCAGUAGACCUUCAUUCUGAAAACAAGAUAACCAUCUGCUGUCUGAAAACAUAAAUGAGGACAAACGCGCUCAGUCAGAGAUGUUUCUGUUCGUGUCCCUGCUGAUCUUCUUUGUGCCACUAGGGGGUGGCACCUCACCAAUCAGCUGCUACAAUGACCAAGGAGAUGCCGUUGAUUGGUUCUAUAUGUACAAGCUGCCUAAAGAACAUAGACAUAAAUCUCCUGAAGGGGGUGAAAUGUAUUUGCUUUUGGACAAAGGGAGUGAGGGAUGGACUGAGGGGAAGGAGACAGUGAACGACACCACGGGAGCCUUGGGCAGGACAGUGGGACAGCUGUACUCACAAGGAAAGAACACAGAGGUAGCAUACAUCCUCUACAAUGACCAGAGGCCACCUGAGGACUUUGGUGACAGAUGGGUUGACAACAGUGGAAGCAGUGGGGGGCACACGAAAGGUGUUGUGCUGGUGGAUAAAAAUCAAGGAUUCUGGUUGGUCCACAGUACUCCCCACUUUCCCCCUGUGCGACAGGCAGGAGAGUAUUAUUACCCCGGCAGUGGUGUGACCAACGGACAAAACUUCAUCUGCGUCACCUACCCGCUCGACCGCUUCCAGACCAUCGGAGAGCAGCUGCAGAUCAAUCAGCCUGAUGUGUACGAUUGCGAUGUCCCCGAGUCCUUGGCGUCCCUGGUGCCCGCACUGGCUGCCGUCUGUGAGAAAAAACAUGUGCCUGGUCACAACUUUCCACAUGCCAGAACUGUGUCCAAUCGCAGCGUGACUUUGACCUCAAAGGAUGGAACCAACUUCAUCAGCUUUGCCAAAGGAGCCUCUUUUGACAAUGAUCUCUAUCACUCCUGGGUGGCCCCGACCCUCCAGUCAGACCUCCUGGUGCAGUUCUGGAUUCGCUCCAGAGGAAUCCUCCCCUCUGACUGCUCGCGGGGCUGGAAGGUCUUGGACAUCACGCUCAUCAAUCCGGGGCAGACGUUCACUUUCAAGGCCAGCCAGGACCACUCCAAGUGGGCUGUGAGCCCAAAGGCGGCCGGGGAGGGUGUCGGAGGAGGCUGGGUGUGUGUGGGAGACAUAAACCGUAACGAGGCGGAGGAGAAGCGAGGAGGAGGCACGGUGUGUCUACAGAACCCGGUGGUGUGGAAGGCUUACCGGACAGCAGCGUUAGAGUGCGAAGCUUGUGGAGGAGGAACCAUCCAGUGCUGAUGCCCUACUGCAGCCAGGUGGGUCAACUGGUCUCGAGGAAAGGGCCAUUAUGGUGCAUCUCAUGGGUUUUUAAGAGAAACAUUUCAACAGUUAAAAAAUUUAUAUAUAAUUCUUUAAAUGUGUGAAAUCUAAUUGAAAUGAUCAUUAUUUACCACUUUAUAAUUCAUAUAAUCUUUUCUACAUACGUACUUUUGUUAUAGUUUGAGAUGACGCAAUAGUUUAUUUCAAUACAUAGAGAACCAUAGUCAUGACAUCACAUCUGGGCUGGCCUCUGUUCCACUAAUGUCUGUAACUCAGUGCAAUCUGUCAUCCAGCAUCUGUUUCAUUGGUCUUUGUGGGGGAUGUUCCUGGGCUGUACUUUCCCUAUUCUAAGACAAAUCAGCCCCAUUUAAGAAAAUUUAACCUUUGGGAUUUUUAUGCUAAGUUAAACGACGAUUAACCAUGAAGCGAGCCUCGUGACACACUGUUGAGAAAAGGUUCUGCUCCAAGGCUGGAUUUUUUAGUUAUUAGCCUAGUGAUUCUGCAGGAGGUUUUCUCACUUCUGGAGCAGAACCUGGAAGUUAGGGUGCCACUGCAGCUCUCUGUAACACUGCAUUCUGCAACAAAUGCUGCUUGAAUUAAGACAGGUUGCUGUCACAGCACAGAGAAAAACACAAAAACAGAACGCUCGUGUAAAAUAACCAAAACUAAUCCUACUUUAACAGGAAAUAGUGUGUUCAUGUACGACCCGGGUACUCACAAUAAGAAGCUGACUGAGAAAAUAUGUUUUCAGGCACAAAAACCAUUUCACUUGUUCAUUUACUUGUUCAGAAUGAUUUUUGGCUGUUAUAAAGGGCUGUUACAUCCUCCUCUAAAUUUAAUGCAGGCAGACCAAUGCUGGAGGAGGAGAAGUAGUCAGAUCUGAUGGAAGGCAAAGGUUGGAAAUAUGAUUUUCAUUUUAAAAAAACACAAAAACCUCAAAGUGCCACUGUAAAUCAAAGUAUUGGUUCGAGUGCCUUUACAGCCACUGGGUGCUGUUUUAACUGAAACUGAAGAGACAGCGUUGGAAACUGAAUGAGUGCUGCUUCAUUAACUCUGACUUUUCCUGUUUAAAUCAACAUAAGCUGGUUUGAGGGUACGUUCUCAGGGAGAGGAUCAAGCUUUGCUUGUUGAAAGUGUAUGAAAAUUGAUUCUGUGGGACUUUAAGUUUAUGAACAAUGUGGGAUUAGUUGCACUAUUACAUUUAGCACAUGCACACAUUUUACUGACAAUAGUAAAUUACAGACACUGACAACAUUCAGGUGCGAGGAAUGCUUUAAUACUUUGUGUUUGUACUUGUGUUUGUAUUAUUAACUGGGUUGGUAUGAGUGCUUUUCUAACAUUAUGUGCCUUAGAUUUUUAUAUUUGAAUCACAUACAUUCAUUCUGACCUUGAUUGUGCUUGAAGAUAAAGAUGCCUGCUGUCUUGAGUCUGAAUAAAAUGACUAAAACAGA